AUGCCUGCACAGGGUCCACCGUCCAUUGUGACUACAGACCGAUCUCUGCCGAAGAAGAGCAAGAAGACUACCACGAAGGAUCAUCCAAAGGGCCAGACCACAGCCGUAGCGGCAUCCGUUAUCUCAGGUGGCUACUUUGCAAAGGUAGACUUAUACGCCAACUCGAAGCUCCCUAUGAAUCUACCUCCCCUCAAACUGUAUAUCCCGACAUACCCGCUGCUUUGCCUAGCGGCCCAGUACUCUGAACGAGUGUACGAGAAGCCACGUGGUGCCGAGCGCGAUGCUCAUGUCGACUCAGACUUUAGGACGGGCACCAAAGCCAUGGUCAUCAAGAGCGUGCCCAUGGACCACAUGAACACGAUUGUGUUUGCAAUCCGCGGGACAGCCACUUUCAUGGACUGGGCCGUGAACCUGAACAUGGCCCCGACAUCGCCCUUGGGCUUCCUGGACGACCCAGGCAACUUCUGCCACGCAGGCUUCCUCUCCGUCGCGCGCAAGAUGAUCAAGCCCGUCGCCGCGCGCCUGCGCCAGCUCCUCGAGGAGGACCCCGGGCGGUCGUCGUACUCGCUGCUCAUCACGGGCCACUCGGCCGGCGGCGCCGUCGCGGCCCUGCUGUACAGCCACAUGCUGGCGACGAGCCGCGCCGCCGAGUCCGAGCUCAACGGCCUGGCGGGCUGCUUCCGCCGCAUCCACUGCGUCACCUUCGGCGCGCCGCCCGUCUCGCUGCUCCCGCUCGCCAAGCCCGACCGCCCCGAGCUCAGAAAGAGCUUGUUCCUGAGCUUCGUCAACGAGGGCGACCCCGUUGCGCGCGCUGACAAGGCGUACGUGCGCAGCCUGCUCGAGCUGUUCGCCACGCCCGCGCCCGCGCCGACGCCGACGCCAACGGGCGGAAAGGGGGCCAAGUCGCCUCCCACAUCGAUGCUCUCACCCGACUGCACCAUCAAGGGGCCCAAGGAGAAGAAAUCCAAGAGCUCCCUGGCAUCCACCAAGACCUCCAAGUCAGCCAAGUCCAGCAAGUCCGCCACCAGCAGCAAGACAUCCUCCUCCCGCGCCGACAUGCCGACGUGGCGAGUCCCGCCCUGCACGCUGAGCAGCGCCGGGCGGAUUGUCGUGCUGCGAUCGGGGGACGCCCGGGGCAGCGCGCGGCUCAAGGGCCGCAAGACGGUGGAGGAGCGGCUGAACGAGGGCGUUGUUGCGCAGAUCGCGACGGACGAGCAGCUGCGCGCCGUGAUCUGGGGGGACCCGGUGUGCCAUGUCAUGAAGCUGUACGCGGGCCGGCUGGACAUCCUGGCGAUAGGGGCGGUGACCGGCAAGGGGAAUUAG